CAGGUAAAGUCAACAGGUUUCUAUCUGUAUGGGAACUGAAGUCUCAGGUGAGCCACUCUCUUGCACGGCAGGGCAGGCACUACAGAACCAAGAGGAGUCUUAUUUACUCUGGCGGAAGUUGUAGAAGGUACAAAAGCUAGCAGAGGGAAGGCUCUGUGUGUUGGCUCUCUGGGUAUCACUAUAUGGUGCUUCUAUUUCUCCUGUGGAAGUAAGUCUUGACAAAGAAAAGGUCGGUUUUUCUACCCACAUCCUUCUGCAUUCUGAGAGGCAUGACAAAGAGUGUGUCAGGGGUGAGCAGUGGGCAUAGCAGAAGGGAGGAUUUUAAAGUUGUUAUUGUUGGUGAUGGCGGAUGUGGAAAAACAUCCCUCUUAACGGUUUACACAAAGGGAAACUUUCCAGAGAAACAUAUUCCAUCUGUGUUUGAAAAUGUGGUUGCCAAUGUGAGGUAUAGAGGGGCUGAGUUUCGCUUACACCUCUACGAUACUGCAGGUCGAGAAGACUAUGACAGAUUACGUCCUCUUUCUUACCAGAAUGUCAACCUAGUACUGAUCUGUUAUGAUGUCACCUGCCCCUCAUCCUUUGAGAAUGUUUUGAUAAAGUGGUACCCAGAGGUGCAUCAUUUCUGCCAUGGUGUACCAGUCAUCCUGGUUGGAUGCAAGGCAGAUCUACGGAAGGACAAAACCCUGGCAAGAAAGCUUUGGUCCUCAGGCCAAAAUCUUAUCACAUACAUCCAGGGAGAAGAAACCAAAAGGAAAAUAAAUGCUGAGCUGUAUAUGGAAUGUUCAGCCAAGUGCAAUGAAAAUGUGGAUGACAUAUUCAGAGAGGCGACUAAAAAAGCCCUUGCAGCAACGAACCCACCCAAAAACCCAGAGAGGAAGCUUUGUGCACUUCUGUGAGAGAGAGAGAGAGAGAGAGAGAGAGAGAGAGAGAGAGAGAGAGAGAGAGAGAGAGAGAGAGAGAGAGAGAGAGAGAGAACCACGAAACCACCAAGUAAACGCUAAGCUAACACUAGUCUGAAAACUAGUGUUAUAAAAGACAAAAGACAGAUAAAGACAACCAGACUUUUGCCUGAAUGACAGCUACAUACUAAACAUAUCUACUGUAAAGUUUUUUUGCUGACACAUUUCUGUGGUUUCCAAUCAUUACCGAGCACAUUCAGGAAAAUACACUGUUUAUGCAAAAACUGUGACUAGAAGAAAUAGCCAAUGGUAGCAUUCAAAUUUAGACAUAAAAACCUUUAUUAGUCAUAAUUGGCCUCUUGCAUAUGUUGAAAACAAAGGAAAAGAUAUACUAUAUAUAAAAGCUUUAAGAAUAAAUAAACAGUUCAUAUGGUUCAGGGGAGCAUGUAACCAAUCUCUUCUGUGAUGUUCAUAACUACAUAUUUGUAGAGCACAAAAUAUUUCCUAAAUGAUACUGUAGGCCUAUUACACAGACCAAGACCGCAAAGCAUGAAAGUAACCCACAUUCAAUGGUCAAUGCCGUGUAUACUGUCUGUCUAGAAGUAGAUGCAGUAUGUGUCAUUUUCCUAAAAGUGGUUUUCUGUACCUAACUGAGAAGAGAAAUAUACAGUGUGUAUGAGUGUGUGUGUGUCUAAAUGGAUAUAUAUAUAUAUCCAUCUGUGUGAAGUGUAAUUCUGCUUAGAAUAGGUUACUUCACAUGAAACAGUCUGAAGAUUGCACAUAAUGUGACAGACAUUUCAGAUGUGCAACUGGACAGGUCAUUUAAAAAGCUAAAAAUCCACACAGGAACCAUAUAUAACUGGAGUGAGCCUUAUCAUGCAAAAACAAUACGUAUAAAAGUUACUGUCAUCAGUUCACCCUUUAAAAACAGUUUGGCAUACUUCUCAAUACAGUUUCAAUCUACUGUAUCCUUGACAACCUUUCCCAACGAGCCUACAUUCCUUUUAGCUGAAGGUUAUCAGCUGAAUCUCCAGAUGUCUUCAUACAGUAUUAGACAAUUCUGUACCCAGCCUUGGUUCUCCUUAUCCCUUCGUGACAUUACAGAUAUACAAACUUAUUUUUUUGCUUUUUGUUGUUGUUUUUUAACGAAACUUCUGCACCCUGAAAGUUUUCAAUCCACAAGUAACACCAUUGUUGUAUUACAGCAAUAUAUACUAUGCAUUCAGAGCUAUGCAUUCAUUACAGAAAUAUUAUAAUUUUUUUUAACUUUCUUUGUAAAGGGGUACAAGAAUUGGCUUAGAGUAAAAUCCUUACAAAAUUCUGGAGCUCAUCUAAGUUUGGUAUUUUAAAGCAUCUAACAUCUUUGGUUAGAUCUCAGCUUCUUUGUAACAAAAUACAUGAAAAAAAAAAAACACUUCACAAAAGAUCAACAUUCACAGAAAUCCAUUUUCAGCAAUUCGGUUAAUAU